AUGGCGGGCGGUCAUAUGAAAUAUCGCCAUCUCAGCCGGUCGUCGGCGCAUCGCCAGGCGCUCCUGCGAAACCUCGUCACAUCGCUCUUCAAGCACGAAACCAUUGCGACGACAUGGCACAAGGCAAAGGAAGCUCAGCGGUUAGCCGAGAAACUCGUCACACUUGGAAAGAAAAACACAGAGGCUACGAGGCGGAGAGCGACACAGAUCUUCUAUGAACCGAACGAGAUGGUACCCAAGUUGUUUGGCCCUAUAAGAGAACGAUAUGCAAACAGACCCGGUGGAUACACGCGCGUUCUUCGAAUUGAGCCUCUCAAGGAAGAUCAGGCCGAAUCCGCUAUCCUCGAACUCGUUGAUGGACCAAAAGACAUGCGCUUUGCUCUGACAGCAAAGACGCUAGCACGGAGGCCCGCAAAGCUGGGUCUGAGCCCAGGACUUACGACACACGUCAAGAAGGUCACGCAAUUCCGUGAAGGAGGCGUUGAGAGCCUGCGUGAAAUGGUUCAGAGGUUGCGGGUAGAGCAAAAGGAGGGCAUAGACGACAGGAUAUUACCACCACCACGAAAGGUAUAUCCCGAGGACAAGAUGAAGCGGGAUAUGCAUUACUUUGAGGAUGUCGACUACUACAAGCCAGCAAACCCUGUGAAGCGAAGGAGUGCUAGGAAAGAGCAAGCAAAGCAGAAGCUGAUAGAAGAUGUUGUGGUCGAAGAGCAGGCAGCGGCCCCAGAGACCAAGAAGGAAGUGUCAUGA